UCCAAAAACUGUUCACACAAAGCACGCUUAGCACAGAAGCUCGCUGUCCUCUCACAGGCGAACAAAUACCACAAAAAAGUUUAAAAAACGGCAGAAUUGUACAACGAUGCAGAAUCGAAAGGGAAGUGAAAUCACAUGGAGUCACGUAUGUCUCUACUCAUUUUCAGGACUCAUUGUUUUAUUGGAAAAAGCAGCACUGGUGCUGUGCUUCACACACUACCUCAUUACGGGUCAGGAGCUGCUGGCGUGGCUGACUGCGGCUCUGUGUUUGCCCAUCUCUGCUGUUCAGAUGCUCAGUCUGAAGUGGUACAUCACUGAUGAAGAAAGACCCAAGCCUUCAGUCAUCCUGCUGCACUGUCUGCAUCUGGGCGUCUACCACAGAUUGUGGAGCUGCAUGAAGUCCCAGGCUGAGCAGGUUCAGUUUGGUGCAGUACUGAUACAGCAAGCAGAUGUUUCUGUUCUCUGUUUGAUUGAAGCCCUGACUCUCAGUCUACCUCAGAGUUUACUGCAGACCUACAGUUUAUUCACCCUUCACCCUGGCCUUCUGUCACCAGUGGUUGUAUGCAUCGGGCUGAGUUUGCUGAAUGUGUCGUGGUUUGUGGUCCUGUACAGCCGCUCAUGUUUUCUGCUGCGUCCCGCUCAUCUGCACAUGACCCCUGCCGCACUGCUGUGCCAGUUCAUAUGGAGAGCAGGCAUGCUGAGUGCCAGAGUGACCAGCCUCAUGCUGUUCUGCAGCACCUUUCACUGGUGGACUUGUGGAGUCCUGGGUUUCCACUGGCUCAUUAUGAUGUUCUGGCAAGUGUCCCAGCAGACAGACAUCUGCAUCAACCGUGGCUCCUGGCGUCUCUUCAACUUCAUCUUAGGGGCUUUGUACAUUUUCAUCUUUGUUAAUGUUAAAGACGGUCCAUCGCGGUACCGCAUGACUGGAUUCUAUCUGUUAAUGCUGCUGGAGAACACUUUUCUUCUGCUCCUGGCAUCAGACUCUUUCAGCGGGCCUUCAUGGGACAGCAUGAGUGUUCCUCUGACUGUCUCAUGCAGCUUCCUAAUCGGUGUCAUUUUUCUCAUUCUUUACUACCGAUUUCUCCAUCCGAAAUCCACUGAGAUCCUCCAAAGCCUGAGACUCCAAAUGAGCCUGACAACCAUCGACAAAACCGACACAGACUGCAAAGACACAACGCUGGAAUCCUCCACGCACAAACACGGCACCUUCUCACUGACCGGGUUUCCUCCUGCUCAGCAUCUUCAUCCUCUAGAGGGCGACGGGCACCAUCAUCACAUGCUAAUAAAGCUAGCUCUCAAAACUGGAAACCAUGACAAAAUCAACAGCAUGUAUGGAAACAGAGGGCUUUCAGUCAUACUGGGCAAAAAUGAUGCCAAGGAUGAAGAUUUGGGAGAAAGCGGAUGUAAACGUUCAUCAGUUGAAGCAGGUAAAGCGUCUGAAAACUACCAGAUUGAAAGCACCUCUGCAGCUGAAGUGAAACAGGUGUCUUUAGAGAAAAUAGAGUAUAAUAGUUGCCCCGUGGACUGCAGCAGUACUGUUUACUUCAGUGCAGAAGCUCAGUCUUAUAGUGUCAGUGAUUCUAUAUUAGAAAAAGACAAAAUGGCCGCCAUCAGUCCUAUUGUGAAUGGAGAUGAAGUGCAUUUGAUUGGCAAACAGCUGUUGAAUAGGAAUCCGUGUUAUACCUCCACUCCGAUAGCAGAUUUUAAAACAAUGCAGACUGUAGGUGAUCGACUCGGAGGGGUUAGAAGACAGGUGCAGUUUUGAUCGUAACAACUGGAAUGAGGACAUGGUAAACAAGGUUUUAUCUGGGAUGAAGAUGGUGUUGUUAGCAUGUUACAACCACUUUAAGCUGCUACAGUAGUUAUUUGUUGUUUGGUAGUUUUAGCUAUAAGCUCAGUGAAUCAAAAGGGGUUUACGUUUAGUGUGUGUGUGUGUUUACAUAAGCUGAUGUAUUUUAGUGCCUGAUCUUUUUUCUUUAUAUGAUUUUAUAUGUAUGUUUUAUAUAUAUUUUAUGUCAUUUGCUUGUUUUAUUAAUAUAUACUGUAUGUUGAGGGAACAGACUAUAUUUAAAAAAAAAUUAUUGUUAUUUAUGGAUAAUCUGUGGAUAAAAGCUAAUUUUAUAGUUCACUUUUUAAAUAACAUGUAAUAAUAAAUAAUUAACUUUUUAAACAUUAUUUAUGUAAACAUAAAUCUUAUUUUUUUAAGGCGAGACACUGCAGGUAAAUAAGGGUUUAAAAACAUUGGAUAAAGUCAAGUUCAAAUUCUAGCUUAUUUAACUUUUUUUGACACAUUAGAAUCAAAUUUGGUAGGAAGGUCACUGGUUCAAGUCCUGGCUGGUCCUGUUGGCAUUUCUGUGAGGAGUUUGUAUGUUCUCCCCGUGUUCACGUGGGUUUCCUCCGGCUGCUCCGGUUUACCUCAUAAUCCAAAGACAUGUGGUAGGUGAAUUGGAUGAACUAAAUUGACCAUAGUGUGUGUGUUUGUGGUUGUGUUUGUGUGUGUGUGUGUGUGUGCGUGUGCAUGAAUGAUUGUCUAUGAGUAUUUCUCAGUACCGGGUUGUGGCUGGAAGGGCAUCUACUGCAGUUUGGUGCUGAAGUGGAAAUUGAUGGUACUGUGCAGGAGAAUUAAUUUGUUUGGGAAAACUGCCUUGAAAAAUCUGAAUGGCAAUUGAAAUCUUGUUUGUUUGUUUCUUUUUUUGUACAUUACACUAAAAAAACACUUCAGAAAAAGCCAAAAAGUCCAAAAUCUCAAAACUGACAUGCAUUUUUGCCUGCAGCAUCUCACCCUAAAUUCUACAAGUCUUCUAAAAAAAUUCAUAUUCAAAAUAUUUGGAUUUCUGAACUUCCUAGUAUGCUUUCAUUUGUACUAAUAAAAUAUUAACAUGCUAAUUCAGAAAUAUUUUCAGCACUCUGAACCCUUAUCUGUUGUAGUUAUAUUUAAUUUAAGAAAUGUAGCUAUUAUUUUAUUUCAAAGUGUGUAUGUUUGUAUACCUGUAUAUGCGUCUUUGUUUGUAUCUAAUGUAUAAUUUUGUCUCUUUUAUUUAAUCAGCAAUAUAUGUGUAAAGAGAACACACUAUAAUUUAGAAUAAUCUUUGUAUGUUAAACAUGUGGAGAAAAUACAAAAUAUUUAGGCAUUUGUUCCUGAUUUUUUUUUCAUAUGAACAAGUUUACUUAAGAUUGUGCUUUUUUACUAUUGUUACAACCCACUUUGACUGCAUACCCCCUAAUAUUAUUAUUUCAUUAUUAUAUACAAAAAAAAUUAUAUUUAUGGUGAAAAAUGCAUUUUACAGUAUAUUAUUAUUACUUUUCUAUAAUAUUUUAUCAUUUUGUGUCUGAUUAUUUCAUUAACAAUAUAUGUGUAGGGGGAUUUGGAAAAUACCUAUAAUUUAGCAUCAAAAUAAAUAAAUGGAAUAAAUAAAAGUGCUGUUUAA